AUGGGGCGAAGAAAGUUGAAAGUGGAGUUUAUUGAGAAGCAGAAAUCACGGCUUCUAACUCUGAAGAAUAGAAAGGAGGGGUUGAAGAAGAAACUCCACCAACUCACUACUCUCUGCGACGUUCCCGCCUGCAUCAUCAUCCGCGACCCCACCACCAACUCCACCUUCAUCUGGCCCGAUGAUUCCGCCCUAAUCCGCCGCCUAAUCGACUCCUACAAGGCCGAUCCCGCCGCCGUUAGGGCUUUUGGGGUGUCCGAUUUCUUCAAGGGGAAUGCCGAGGAGGGACUCGUGAAGAAGAAAGCGGAGGCCAAAUACGGCAACUGGGACGAUCGCCUCGACCACAUGGACGAGUCCCAGUUGCGGGAAUUGAGCGACGCCGUGCGCGCCAAGGCUGAGGCCUUGCGGUCAAGAAGCGAUUUCUUGAAACGGGAGGAAGAGGAGGAGCAAAACAGCGAUGAUAUGCUUGAUUUGGAAGACAUGUUUGAUCAAGAUGAAAUCUUGUCGAUUGCUGAUGCUGUGGCUGCCAACGCCAAUGGUCAACUUGCGGUGCCGGACUUCUACUGCCCGCCGCCUCUGAAUCUGCCGAUGUUGGAAGAGGAGAAGAGCGACGACAAUGUGGUGCUUGAUUUGGUCGGUUUUGAUCAAGAUUACACCUUUUCUGUUGCUGAUGUUAUGGCCAACGCUCAACUUCCGGUGCCCUUCGUUGAUCACAAUUAUCUCAACUACGGCUACUGCUCUCCGAUGGAUGGGAAUGUGAAUUGGUGUGCCUUAAACAUGGAUCAAAAUCUCAACGGCUCUGUGAAUUGCUUUGCUGGGGAUGAUGGUGCUGACUUGGCUAGCUAUUUUUGGCACUAG